UCAAUGAACCUAUAAAUUAACGUGGAUUAUACGUAGGCAGAUCACAACAGUGCCCAGCAAAUUAUUAGCUGCAACUGCAAGUGACCCUCCUUGAUUAACCACAAUAUUGUCGAGUAGUGGUAGUGCCGCUGCACCAGCACCAGCACCCACCGCAAGCCCCCAGAUGCCAACUGCCGCUAGCUAGCCUCGGUGCUCCUCCACCGCCCAUCAUGGCAUCGGCAGUCAAAUCCAAACUGACGGUGGCCAAAACAAAGGAGGACACCGCAAAGCCUCCCAUGAAUCCAUGGUUGCUACUCCUUGCAUCGCGAGGUGAUUGUGAUGGGAUAACCGAUCACAUUCUUCUGAACAUGGAAGCUGCGACGCAACAGAAGGCUGCUAAAGAGGAAGGUGCUUGUCAUCGUCCUGCACCCUCUGCAGACUCGUCGCCCCUGGACCAAGCUAACCCUGCAAUUCCUACCAUGGCGACGCAGCAAGCUUCUGGUGAUGAUGGGCAUCAGUCAUGCCUGGACCUGGAGGGGGUCACCAUUGAAGGCGACACGGCACUGCAUGUUUUGGCCACCUCUGGUGAUGGCUGGAGCUACCUGAGGAGUGUGGAGAUCAUCUGCAGCAAGGCCCCGCAUCUCCUGCUGGUGCAGAACAACAAAGGCGGCACGCCUUUGCACUGCGCUGUCAGGGCUGGCCAUUCCCAAAUGGUUUCUUUUCUAAUUGAUCUGGCUAAUAAUCCGAGGUCAAAUCUGCAGGUAGCGGCUAGAUUGAAGGAAGUUCUGAGAAAGGGGACGGCCUUUCUUCCCUUGCAUGAUGCAAUCCGCAUCGGAAACAAGGAAAUGAUCACCAAGCUUCUUGAAUUCGAUCCAGAAUUGGCUAGUUCCCCUACGGAUGAAGCAGGAAUUUCACCGUUGUACCUAGCUAUCGUGCUACAACGUAGUGACAUCGCAAAGUUAUUGCAUCAAAUGAGUCCAGAGAAUCUUUCAUAUUCGGGCCUAAGUGGACAGAACGCAUUGCAUGCAGCGGUUCUCCAAGGCAAAGAGAUGACUGAAAUGUUACUGAAUUGGAACAAGGACCUCACAGAACAAGUUGACAAAAAUCGAAGCACGCCACUUCACUUCGCUGCAUCACUUUGUAAAGACUUCGCUGCAUCACUUAGUGAAUAUACUGUAAUAACGUGGAUGUCACGCACUCCGCUCAUUCCAGUACUGCUAGCCAACCCAGUUCAGUUGUACCAGCAAGAUUCUGAAGGAUUGUAUCCGAUACACGUUGCUGCAUCCUCAGGUGCCAUUCGGACUAUCAAAUAUUUAAUUGAGGAGCAACCUGAUGAGAUCGCUGGUCUUGUAGAUUUUAAGGGGAGGACUUUCCUUCAUGUCGCUGUUGAAAGGGGCAGAAGGAAUAUAGUUGAGUAUGCUCACCGUACUCGAUCAUUGGCUAGGAUUUUCAAUAUGCAAGACAAUGAUGGCAACACCGCAAUGCAUAUAGCAGUGCGGAAUGGAAAUAAGUACAUUUUUUGUAUUUUACUAAGGAACAGGAAAGUAAACUUAAAUAUACUAAAUAAUCAGGGGCAGACUCCUUUAGAAAUAGCAGACAGUAAGAUUCAUGAAGGGUUUUACUAUGUAUGGAACCCAGAAAAAUUGAUAUUGCUGGCAUUAACACAUUGCAAUGCAAGUGGUGGUUGCCGUCGGGCAGAUCACUUUCAGAAAAAACAGGCAGACGAAGCGAAGGAAUCAGAGAAACUGACAACUUCAACACAAACUCUAGGCAUCGGAUCAGUACUAAUUGUUACUGUCACAUUUGGCGCAAUUUUAGCCAUACCUGGAGGAUAUAAAGCCGACGACCAUUACAAUGGCGGUACACCAACACUUGCUGGAAGGUAUAUAUUCGAUGCAUUCACCAUGGCCAACACAAUAGCAUUCAUUUGCUCAACUUUAGCCAUCAUCCACCUCAUGUACUCCGGAAUGGCUAUGGUUAGUUGGCCCCUCCGUCGCCGGCACUUCAACAUAUCUUUAUUCCUGGCCUUCAGUUCGGUGAUAAGUUUGGGUGCUGCUUUUAUGCUAGGUAUGUAUUUGGUACUGGCUCCAGUGGCUCGAUGGACUGCAAUUGCAAUCUGUGUAAUGAUGAUGAUUGCAUCUCUAUGCUUAUUCACGGAGCCAUUGCAUGCACCCCGUGUUGCAAUAGCGAUGUAUGUUAGGAAGGGAAAUCAGGUAUUGCCAGUUAUUGCACGUGUUCUCCUUAUUCGAACGCUAAUUACAUAUUGGCCCUGCGUCGUAAUCUUUGGCUGGGCAGCGAUUUCAACUAAAUAUGGGGCACACAAGACAUGGAUGAAUCAUGAGAGGCACCGGACAACAGAGGUGAUCGAGUAGUACUGUGUGGUGAAAUUAACACAUGCAUAUCUCUAUAUUUGUAAUCCCCUAUCGUUAUCCACAUGAUAUAACUCCAUAAUUAAUAGUUUGCUUCAGAAGCUUUGUUGUCGCAUGUUGUGCUCAGACAUUGUAAUACUUUUUUCUGAUUCC